AUGGCCACCACGAUCUCCAGAUUUAAAGCCAUUAGAUUAUUUUGUGUGGGGCUGGAUGAAGUCCGUGGUUUAUUCUGCGACAGUUGGCACUCAAGAAGAGCUAAGAAAUCGGAUCGUGGAAGCCGCAGGAACUAUCAAGCACCACCUGAUGCGAAGAGCCAGAGAAGCACGGAUUCGUCCUGUUGA